UGUCAACGCGGUGAUCCUAAUUAUCAACAUGACUCCAACAAGGCUGAUGGAAUCCUGCACAUGUUUAAGGCAACGAACCAGAGUCAGCAACAUGUUACCAAUAUUCAACACCAAGAUCUCUGUAGUUUGUACCCAUCCCGAGAUGGUGAGGUUAAUCUGGAGGAUGAAUCAAGAUCAAAGAGACGGGUACUCGCAAAGACUGAUGAUGAUAGUUACAAGAGUGAUGAACAUGAUGAGAGUGGUGAUAGUAACGAGGAGAGUGAUGAGGAGAGUGAAGGUGAAUUAGCACUAAACACAGAAAUAAUAGGGUUUGAUGACUUUAUCGAACAAGCGGGCAAACCUAAUAUUUCAUUGUUGUUUAAAUCAUAUCGAUCUGAAUGGCGCAAGAGUCUGGUUUGUCUGUUACAGAAAAUUAUCGUGAAAUCUUAUGAUUACUCCAACAUGCAAAUAAAAAAGUUUUCCAGAAAUACAUUUGAGGAUCUAAGAAAGGAUACCAGGUCAAAGAUUCUUGGGAAAGAAAAAUUAUCUAAAGAUAUUAAGUCGAUCCUUCAAGAAUACGUUGAGAUUGCUCUUGACGACGAAGAUGGUGGAUUAAGUAGGCUUCGGAAAUCGAUAAUAGAGUCUUAUUCAAAAACAUUCAAUACACCAGAAGAGCUUGAACUUUUUCAGAAGAUGUAA